AUGGCGUCCGUACGCUCCCUCGGCGUUCACGAACCUUCAGCCGUCUCCUACCUAGUUUCAGAGGAGAUUCUUCCCCCAGAGCCCUCAGAAAGUCUUUACACCUGGACGAUAUGCACGGACGAAAGCGGAUUGACUGGCCCCGUGGACGACGAGCUGGUAUGGACGAAGCACUGCGUUGUAUGGUCUCGUGCAGGGAUGGUCAAGAGAGUCUUCCGGAUGGAUCCUGAGAAAGAAGAGAUUCGACAUGCUCUGUUCACCCAAUUUGCUGUCGACCAUAUCAAGCACUCCGGCAAUACGCCUCUCAGCCGCCCUGGAGGAACCACGGGGACACAAGGUGCACGAAAGCACGUUCAACGCAAUGGAAAGCCGUCAGCACCGGAGGCUUUCUCGACCCUGGAUCUGCAUGGAGAUGCGCGAGUAGCAGUCGUGGCUCCUCAGCAGUCCAGUGAAGCCCUUUCCAGAGCUCUCGUUGUGGUCCUUAAAUCACAAGCCCACAUCUUCUUUGUUGCGGGCAACAGCCAUACUAUCCCCCUUCCAUUCGAGGUUGAUUCUGUCUUUGCAACCCCGCGGGGCCUUAUUUUCCAAAGAAAAGUUCUAGACGAUGAUGCCGGCCGUCAACCCCCAACUGCGCCACCUAAUUCCUUUAUGACUACUUCGCUAUUUGAUCCAGGCGCUUCACAGUCCUUUGGCAUCCCAAGCGUGAAGAAGAGCAAGCGCCCUUCAACGAAGUCAUCAUCAACAAAAUCACCAUCAAAUCCGGUAUCUUCCUGGAUACCAAAACCGAGCUCAAGCGCCGACCUCCCCCGAGUCUUCUCUCUCAUCAAUCCUCAGUCGGAGAUGGGACUGGUUGUAACAUCACAGACCUCCAAAUGGCUCCAAAGCAGCGUGGGCAGUGCCAGAAGAAGACCCUCCGGGUUAGAAGUGUUGGAUCCAGUGGACGAGAUUGUAUACAUCUCUCCAAAAGACGAACUUUUAGGCACCAGCAGAGGCCCACUGAAUGGGACUCCUUUGAUCCUGGUAGUGACCGUCAACACGAGCACAGGAAUCUAUACUAUUUGGACUGCGCGCUACAAAGACGAUGAAUCUGGAGGCUCGAUGAAAGAGAAGGCGAGGCGAGAGACUGGGGGCACUCGAUCAGUUCGGCGGAGCUCUCACUUCGGCAUGGCCACUGGUGCAACAACCCCUGCCGCUCGCUCUGUGGCAGCCAGGGAGAGCUUCGGGCCGUGGACAGAAGAGCGGCCCUCCGCCCAACCAUCUCUCACACGCACCGAUCCCGAGAACGAUCUGGCCUCGAGGGUAGCGCAAGAUUUCGGGGAUGUUGGUGUUCCUCUUAAAGCAUCCAGACGAGUUAGCUCGUUACUUGCUCGUACCGAUCUUGCGACAAGUCAGGACCGCAUCACGUUUUCAGAGAUGGCUACUGGCAGCCAGUCUAGCACCAUGCCUCAUGGUGUUGGACUGAGACAGUCCAUUGGAGGAGCGAGCACGCGUGGUAGCUUUGGUUUCAAUCCUCGAGGAUCCCUGCCACCGGGCACAGGAUCCGUGUAUAGCACUGCAGGCAGUUUCCUCGAUGCCCCCGUGGAUAAGCUGCUCGAAGAGCUGAACAGCGAUGGCAUUUCCUCUGGAUUCGAGAAUACAGCACUGCGCGAAUCUGCCUCAGGUCUCCCUGAAGAGCUCUUGUUAAACAAAGUUGAGAGCUUCUCCUCGCAAUUCUCGGGUCCGGGAAUUUUCCAAAGGUCCACUCAAGCGCCAGCAUCCCACCGAAUGAAAGUCUCUACAUUGGCUUCCACGGACUAUGGAGGCAAUCAAAAGGGUCACACGGCCUCGUUAGCAGUAUGUAUUGUGGACAAGGUGUCACGAAACAUGACGAUUGUGAACUUGAGAGCAGAUCGAGAAUCACUCUCUAAGAGUCAAAAGAAGAAAGCUAAGUCUACUGGACAAAGCUCGGUUCUCGUCCGCGCGGUCAGAAUCCAGAAUGUGUCGAACGUCUUGGAUGCUUGCAGGAUCACAGAUGGAGAAAUUUCACGCAUUAUUUCACUGAGUGAAACCGAUUCCAAAACCCGUGAGCUUUCGUUGCAAACCCUCUGGGGUAGCCCCGUGAAAGUGGAGGUCCCAGUGCCGUUACAGCUCUAUGAACCAGAUGGGAUUUGUGCCAAUAAACUUGAAAAGCGCCCAAGAGAAAGUGGUGUCCACCGAGUUAUGGCCGAUCCAGAUCUAAUCUUUAACAAAUUUGAUCAUGGCUGCUCUCGAGGGAAAAUUGACCUCGUAGACACAGAUCAGCAGCGGCAUCGACUGCAAAUCCAGCUCGAGCCCCGCAAUGACCUGGUGAAGAAAAUCCUCAGGGUUUGCAAGUUUGCCUUGCGUGACUCUGAUAAAGCAGGCGAUGGCCUCAUGGUUGCUUGGUGGGAGGUUAUCAAGUGGCUUCAGGGCAAGGAGGACCUCGAAAAUGACCUCGAAUGGACCGCCAUGACUGUUGUCUUGUUGAGUUUGGCUGUUCCCUUUGUGUCCCCUCCACUAAUGCCAGCAACUAAACGAACUCGUCGCAAGAAGAGUCUCCUUAGGUCGAGCAGCGGAGGAAACCUGGACCUGGAAAGCUGGGAGACCAUGCUGGAUCUGGAAUCUGGUCCAGCAGGCGUUGUAGCGCCAUGGAUGAUGGAGAGCUCUUGGGGAUGGAUCGUUGAACAAGAUGCGAUUGAGAACCCUCCAAAAACGGCACACAAAGCAGAUGCCCAGGCCAGUGGGAGUCUCUCUACGUAUCGCCCCAACUCACAUUUACUCCGAUGCAUCGCCCUCAGUCGUGAAUUCCUUCGAAGCCCUCAGGGUGCUCGAGCCGUUGGCCAUGACGGGUACCUCCCUAUUUCAGAAGCGUUUUCCGAGAACACAAGAUGCACUGCUCUGUGUAGCGUUGUUGUGGCCCUGCACUUACUCCGCGAAGAACAGAAGCUAUCCAUCUGCGAUUCAGAAGAGUCCAGGAGACCUCUGGGAUUGUUGGCUCCUGUCCUCGCCCAGCUGGGCGGCUGGCUAGGCUGGGAAUCCUGGAAUGGAACCGAUGAUGCCUACUAUGGUACAGAGAUGACCAGUAUGGAACGUUGGCGGUUCGAAGACAACACCUAUAUCUCCGGGCUCAAGAUCCCCGAUGAGCCUUUCCCACCUCCAUCCAUCUUUGAGUUCCUCAUGAGCGCUGCUUCUCAUCGAAAUCCUUCGCCGUUCAUUUCGCUUCUGGACAUCGUGAAUGCUUCUGAGCGAACCCCUCGAAAAGGUCGAAUGUGGCGUGAGUGUUUCAACCUCACGCCAAGGACCUGUGCAUUGAACGGCUUCUUUUCUGAGGUUCAUAGUGUGUCGACGCCAUUGGAGAAGAUCAAGCUCUUGCAGCGCUGGGGAUUCACCAAGAGUGUCAUUGAUAGCUUCCCUGAGGGUGUUGGUGCUCCGCUUUACGAAGCGGUGCUACAAUGUCAAAUCGAGGCCUCGACGUCUUGGAGCGCAGCGCUCCUGGAGCUGAUUGACCGUGAAGACCUUUACAUGUCAAUGAAUUCGGCUCAGGCGAAUUCAGUGGCAGUACCACAGCAAACCGUGCUAUCUCACGAUGCCAUACGUGAUUUCCACUACAUUAGUAGUUCUGCAUUGAAUACCGAUGCCAUUAAUGCCUUUGAGGCAUCCGCGGAGGCGGAUCGGUUCUCCGUCACCAGGCUAAUCUUCAAGGAAGACAAGCGGUUCCACGAGGCAGCCAGACUCUUAAACCAAUCCAAGGCACCAAUAGCGGAGUGCAUUGCCGAGCCUGGUUGGAGAGAUCAGGACCUCUUGGACGCGCAAAAGGAAAUUGUGCAGCUUGUGACAGUCCGAACACUGUCAACCCCGACUGGUCGUGCAAUGCUCACGUUUAGUGGUAGGUUACCAUUGUUGACAGAGAAACUUCCUAUUCCAUCUUUUUCCUUGCAGUGCGUCAUGAAGCCGGACAACGUGACAGUCGGCGCGGACAGAGCUUUGUUCUCGGAAGAAAAGGUCUGCUGGGCCUUUUUCCACAACGGGGUGUCUACCGGUCUUGCGAUUUCCAAAGCUUCGAAGGGCAUUGAUACGUCAUGGAUCUUGUUCAAUAAACCAGAAGACUUGACGAAUCGACAUGCUGGUUUCUUGUUAGCUUUGGGUCUAAAUGGUCAUCUCAAAUCACUGGCCAAAUGGGUUGCUUUCAAGUAUCUCACGCCGAAGCACACUAUGACAUCCAUCGGUCUCCUUCUUGGACUCUCUGCCUCAUACUUGGGCACAAUGGAUACUCUCAUCACACGGUUACUUUCGGUGCAUGUUACAAGAAUGCUCCCCUUUGGGGCAGCUGAGCUGAAUCUCUCGCCAUUGACCCAAACUGCUGGCAUCAUGGGUAUUGGUAUGCUAUACUGUGGCUCUCAGCAUCGUCGUAUGAGUGAGGUCAUGCUUUCGGAGAUUGAAAACAGCGAGCAUGACGAGCAAGCUGCCUCCCAAGAAGAUCUGCGCGACGAGGGAUACCGCCUGGCUGCAGGGUUCUCCUUGGGUUUCAUCAACCUUGGGAAAGGCGAUGACUUACGUGGUAUGCGAGACAUGCAUAUCGUUGAGCGUCUACUGGCUAUUGCCGUGGGGACGAAAAACGUGGACAUUGCGCAUGUACUUGAUCGCGCCACGGCUGGCGCUACCAUUGCCCUCAUGAUCAUUUUCAUGAAGACGAAUGACGCAGUCCUAGCCAAGAAAAUCGAUAUCCCUGACACCACUGUGCGCUUUGAUUAUGUGCGACCAGAUUUGUUCCUGCUGAGAACAUUGGCACGACACAUCAUAAUGUGGGACAGUAUCAAACCUACUGCUGAAUGGAUCAGCCAGAGUCUACCUGAGGUAUACCGAGGACGAUCUCGGCUCACAGAUGUACAUCGACUGCGCAGUGAAGACAUGCCAUUUUUCAACAUCAUUGCGGGUCUUUGCUUUGCACUUGGUCUCCGUCAUGCUGGAUCAGGACAGGCUCAAGCAAGAGAUCUGCUGUUGUUCUACCUGGAUCAAAUUAUUCGCAUUUCCAGGCUACCCGUCCGAAGCUACGAUGCUAGACUCGCACGCAACUCGGUACGGAACUGCCAAGAUGUUGUAGCCCUAGCUGCUACUGCUGUCAUGGCUGGCACGGGUGAUAUUGCACUGUUCCGCCGUCUGCGUUCGCUCCACGGCCGAAUCGACGCUGACACGACCUAUGGCAGUCACAUGGCGGCGCAUAUGGCGAUUGGUGUGCUCUUCCUCGGGGGAGGCAGUUACACGCUUGGGACAUCCAACCAGGCUGUGGCAUCGCUGAUCUGCGCCUUCUAUCCCAUCUUCCCAACCACUGUCCUCGAUAAUAAGUGCCAUCUCCAGGCUUUCCGUCACCUCUGGGUUCUCGCUGCAGAGCCACGUUGCCUCGUGCCUCGUGAUCUUGAUACUCGCCGCCCUAUCUCCAUCCCUAUAACUAUCACAUCUCACGACGAGUCUAUCCGCACCGUCGGCGCCCCGUGUCUCCUACCAGACCCCAGCGGUAUCACCCGCAUUGAGAUCCGCGGGCCCGAUCAUUGGCCUCUUGUUCUGGACUUUAGCCAAAACGACACCCUCCGCGAUAAAUUCCUCCGCGGUGAUCCCUCUGUCUACCUCCGCCGCAAGGCAACCUACAAUCCAGCAGGCUCCUCGACUUCUGUUUUCGCCUCGACUUUGACUGGCCUCAGCGAAGCGCAGGAUAUCCUUCCAACGGCCACCGGCGGGGCCUCAAAUCCAGCCAAGGCACCUCCUCCCUCGGCCUGGCCAAACCGUCUGGCUUUACUUGCCGGUAAACAAUCCGCAUCGACGUCACCAUCCCAAAAUCCCUGGGACUGGGUUUUCCACCUGCCAUCUCUACAAGACCUCGAUAUCCGCGAGCGUUCCCUUGUCCUCCCCUCAUCCUUCCCAAUGCGCUCGGCUCGAAUCACGAACGAUCUUGUCUCGGCACCCCCAUGGCUACGGAACUCAGCUGUGGAUGCACGUCUCGCAUUGUCCCAUACUGUGCGCAAUAUUGUACAAUCAGCACGCGGCCGUGGUGCUGAUCCCGAUCAGAUUCGUGAUCGGAUCUGGCAACUUCGCUUGUUGUUUGAUUGGUUAGAUCGCACUCAGCCUGGCGAAGAGCGCGAUCACCUCUCUAGGCAAGUGGCUUCUCAGGGAGAUCAAAAGCUCCAGCGUUCUGGACUUUGGUUGCGAAGAGACUUCAUUGAAGAUGCCAAAUGGCAGAUUUGGGGAGUGCAGGUUGGCGAUCGAGAACGCCAAUUGCAUACCAUGACCCAGGAAAAGCGACCCCCAUCCCAGCGGGUAUGGGCUUCAUUAAUCACCAACCUCUCCUAUCUGCCCGGCUUAUUGACCCUCCAUCACUCCCUCAACAACCCAGCACCAGACUCUCAUACCGCAACAACCUCACCAACUGCUACCCAAGCUACGAAAUACCCAUUCGUAGCCUUCUACACCUCCACCUUCCCAGCAGAAGGUCUGGACGUACUCCGGGCACGCGGCAUUAAAGCACAAUUGGUUCCCUCCGUGACGCCAGCCAUCACAAGGAAAUACGCGCAAGACCCGCGCUUCGCCGAGACAUGGAAUAAGCUCAUUGUCUUCUCUUUGGGGGAGUAUGACCGCAUCGUACUGCUCGAUGGCGACAUCAUAGUUCGCCGGAAUAUGGACGAGCUCAUGGACUUACCGUUAGACGAGAGUGAUGGACGUGUCUUUGCAGCGGCGCACGCUUGUGCCUGCAAUCCCAUGAAAAAGGCCCAUUACCCCGCGACUUGGGUCCCAGAAAAUUGCGCAUAUACUACGCAACACUCCGCGGCGACGGCAGCGCAGAAAACGGCUCCACCUCCCGGGGCUGGAGUCGGGAUGCUCAAUAGUGGUGUGCUUGUUGUCCGGCCGUCGGCUAGGAGUUAUAGUGAGAUCACAUCUGCGCUACAAGAGACUGAGCGGAUUGACAAGUACGAUUUCCCGGAUCAAGAGUUGUUGUCGGAUGUCUUUUUGGGACGGUGGGUUGCCCUGCCGUAUGUGUACAAUGCGCUGAAGACACUGCGUAUGGAGGGGGUGCAUGAUGCUAUUUGGAGAGAUGAUGAAGUGCGGGCUGUGCACUACAUAUUUGCAACGAAGCCUUGGCAUGAGACAUACAAGGAAGGGGAGACGGAAGGGCUGGAUGAGACAGGGAUCUGGUGGUGGAGGGCCAAUUGGGAGAGAAUGGCCAGGGAGAGGAAGACCGGUGUUGAAGAUCAAUUCUCACGGUCGUCGAUCUGA